AUGUAAUAUACAGAAUCAAAAAUACUUUGCCCAAUUCAUAAUUUAGAAAUCAUAUUACUUGAUAUUAAGAUUGGAAUUCCAUUAGGAUAAAGAGCAUGUUGUAAAGAAUGUGAUAUAAAGCAACCACAUAGUAUAGCAAAAGGAUUAGAAAGAGUUAAUAAUUAAAAAUUAAUAGAAAGUUAAAUCAUCAAUAAUAAUAAAGAUAAAAGUAUGGAGGAGUUACAAAAGAUUUAAAAAUAACUUUAACAAUUUUCUGAAGAAAUGAAAAAAAUAUUUAAUAAAUUACUUGAUUCUUUGGAAAAAUAAAGAAUGAAUUUAGAAUCCUAAGCAAGAUUUGAAGAUCGAAUAAAUAUUAGAAGUUUAAGUGAUAUUUAGAAAUUAGGAGAGAUGGUAUCUGAUUUAGAAAAUAAUAAAUAUGAAAAAGAUAAAUAGAUAAUAUAAUUAGAUAUCAAGAAUUAUUUAGAUCAUUUAUUUAAAGAAUUAAAUGAGAUUUAGAAUAUUGUUAAUAAAUAUUUUAUAUCAAUAAAAAGUACUAAAACUAAAGAAGAUUAAUUAAAUGUACAUCGUAACAAUUAUAAACUUAUUUCAACUUAUAAAUUAUAAUAAUGGGUAAAUCCAAUAAUUAUAAAUUCUGAAAAACCAUUAGCAGUUUUAUGCGAUUAUUCUGGAUUAAUAGAAGUUAAUUUUGAAGAUAAUAAUUUUUAAUUUCAAAAUUUAUGUAAAUAAGAUCAUAUAACAGAUAUGUGUUUUGGUGCUAAUAAAGAUUGGAUGAUAACAGCAGGAAAAGAUGCUUUAUUAAAAAUAUGGAAAAGAAGUAAAAAUAAUUGGAUUUUAUGUUCAUAAUAUUUAGGACAUCAAGGUUCAAUAAAUAAAAUAAUUAUAAAUGAAACUAAAUCUUAGGUUAUAUCUGCAGGAAUAGAUUAAAAAAUUAUUAUUUGGAAUAGAAAAGAAUAUAAAUUAUAAAAAGAUAUAUCUAUAAAAGAUCAUAAGAAUAAUAUUACUAGUUUAGCAUUAAAUGAUUAAGGUGAUUAUUUUGCAUCAGGAAGUGCUGAUUUAAAAUUAAUUAUUUGGAAAUAUAAUGAUGGGAAAUGGAUAAAACAUUAAGAUAUAUGUGAUUAACAUUCAAAAUUUAUUUGUGAUAUAUUUUUUGAUGAAAAUAACAAUAUAUAUACUGCAUCUGAUAAAAAUAUCAAGAUUUGGAAAUAAAAUAAUCAAUAAAUUUACAUUUUAUCAUUUCGAAUUUAAACUUAAAAUUAAAUCUAAAAAAUAUUUUAUAAUCAAAAACAUAAAUAUUUAAUUAUUUUACAAAAAUUUAUAGAAAUCUGGAAAAUAUCAUAAAAUGAUUUCGUUUAAAAAUAAGCAAUAAAUGGUGAAUAUUAAAGUUUAGGAAUUUAGAAUAAAGGAGAAUUUAUGAUUGCUUAAAAUUAUUCAAAAUAAGAAUUAGAAUUGUUUUAAUUAAUACAGUUAUGAAUGAAGAAAAAAUAAAUAGAUUGAUAACCUUUGAAAAUUAAUAAAUUUAUGUAAAAAUAUAUUAAUUUUAACAGCUACCAUCCAAACAAGAAAGCAAGAAGAAACAAUAAGUUAUGUUAAAAAAGGUCUUAGUUUGAUUAUAUUUAUUAUAAUAAUAAAAUUGUUCCAGAAUUUCUAUGUUUUAUUUAGGGAUGUUCAGAUGGAAUAAUAAUAAUGAAAAAUCAUUAUGACAUUUUAGGCUUAGAGAGAAAUGCUUAACCUAAUCAAAUAAAGAAAGCUUAUCAUAAAUUGGCUCUUUAGUGCCAUCCAGUAUUCAACUGUUGAUAUCUUUUUAGGAUAAGAAUAGCGAUUUUAGAGCAACAGAUUAAUUUCACUAAAUAAAUGAAGCCUAUACUACACUAUCCAAAGAAGAAUCGAAAUCUAAAUAUGAUAGAAGACUAUAAAACAGAGAUAAUCUGAAUGAACUGUUAAACUAUUUUAAAUAACAAUAAGAAGAACCAAUCCAAUAAUAUGAUAUUAGAGAUGAUUUUAUAUCAAAUGAAGAUCGAGAAUUCUUAAGAAACUUUUCAAAUAAACAAGAAACAGAAACAAUUAAAAAAAAGAGAAUUCGAAAAAAAAAAUGA